AUGAGGAAACAUGAAGGGUUCAUGAAAAGGGGUAACACAAGCAGAGAUGCCAAUGGCACCGACCUGUGUCAUGGUUGCAGAAAAUCAGGACAUUUCAUUAGAGACUGUCCUAUGCAGAAAGGAGAAUACAGGAACUACGACAAGAGAGCUGCAACUGACUAUGUUGUGAAGAGAGCACUUGUUGUAUGGAGAAACUCUUCAAGCGACUCAGAGGAAUCGGAUCAUCCUGAAAAUACAUCUAUGAUGGAUGUGAAGGAUGAUGAUGAGAUGUUCAAUUCCAUGUUUGCCUUUAUGGAAAAACCUGAUGAUGAAGCAGACAAAGAGGGGAUAUGGGAAAGUUUCAUAUGUGGCGCUAUAGAUGCAUUGCCACCUGAUCAGUUUGAGUAA